UCACACAAAAUAUUCACUCUACUCCAUUAAUCUUAAACUUGCAAAUAUAGAAACUUAAGAAGAUGGCAGCUUUAGUAGUUGAGGGAGACAGAUAUCGUUCUCUCCUACAUGGAGAAGAAGAGAAGAAUACCAAAUGGAGAUUUGGUACCCUUCCUAACUACAAUACUGUCAACAAACUCUUUGAAGAAGGCAGAACUAAGGUAUGGCCUGCUGGAUCACUUGAAGAAAAGGUGCAGAACCUUGCCAAGUCAUGGGAAAUGGAAAUGAUCCAUAAGACUCGUAUUGAAGACUUCAAGACAAUUGAUACAAACAAGUUUACUUUCAGCCUCAAUGGAAGGAAAGCUCAAACUAUUGAAGAAAUAAGUAAGCUUGAUGGAGGGUAUGGCCUAAAUUGGCAAACUUCCCUGCCAAAGGAGUUAAGGGUGUACAACCCAAUUGAUGAUGAAACUGCAGCUUCAUAUAUGAAGACUUUCUCAACAACAUUCCCAAGAGGAUUUGCUAUGGAGGUUCUCCAAGUUUAUAGUGGCCCUCCAGUUAUUGCUUACAAGUUCAGGCACUGGGGUUUCAUGGACGGUCCUUUUAGAGGGCAUGCCGCUACUGGGGAGAUGGUAGAGCUCUUUGGCAUGGCCAUGUUUGAGGUGGAUGAAGAUAUGAAAAUUGUGAAGGUGGAGUUCUUUUACGAUCGUGGAGAAUUGCUUGCUGGUCUCCUCAAAGGUGCGAAAAUAGAUGGAUCAUAUUCAUCUAAAGAAGCAGCAGCACCCUUAAGCUGCCCUGUUCUCAGGAACAAUUAAUAAUGGCUGGCUGAUAUUGCCAUGCCAACUUUCAUAGUACAAAAAUAAAUAAAGGAAAUCUCAACUUAACUGUGCUCAAGGCAUGUGUUAAAGUGAAUUUUAUGAUCCACAAUCUUACAAGAAGAUACAAUUUACAGUGGAUGACGUGUUAAAAGCUGUAAAGUUUUAUCCUUUUGUAAACUUGUGAUACUACAUAAUUCCUUUAAUAUGUGUUUAGAGAACAUAUGUUAAGAGAACCUGUAAAAUAAUAAAAUGUUUAAUUAAUCCUAAUAAGAUA